UCGGGCAGACAUGAUCUGUGUGAAGUCGCUACAACUCGAACUCAAUCGAAUUCUUUUGCUCUCUGUCGGCUUAUGGCCUUACGAGCAAUCCAUAUUUGUUCGUCUACAAUUAAUUUUCUUUUACGGUAUCUUGCUAACCUCAAUUACAUGUCAGCUUGCAACACUUGUAACAUCGCAAUACACCUCUCAGUUCAUUAUCGAAAUCUUCUCCGUAGUGUUUUUCUUCGCCACGUUUGUGGCAAACUAUAGCGGAUUUUGUUAUCACGCUGAUACUGUGAGACAUAUGCUGGAAAUAAUUCAGCGUACUUACUACGAGUUGAAAAACGAGAGCGAAGUCGCUAUUAUAGAAAAGUACGGAACUAUCGCAAAACGUUACACUUACGCACUCACAUUGCUCAGCAUGUUCGGAAUAUCUGUAUUCAUGUUCCUCCCAUUCUGGCCGCGAAUUCUCAACGUUGUAUGGUCUGCAAACAAAUCUCGUCCAUAUCUCCUGUUACAAAUUAAGACAGAGUACUUUUGUAAUCAAGAAAAAUAUUUCUAUCUAAUUUUAUUGCAUACAAACGCAGUCUUUUGCAUGGGAGAGACUGCACUAGUAGCGACGGGAACCAUUAUCUUAGUAUACAUACAGUAUAUAUGUGGAAUGUUUAAAAUUGCCAGUUAUCGUAUGGAUCAGGCACUGAAGAUCAACACAAUAAAAAUAAGUAACAUGCAAAAUGAGAAUUCAACUUAUAAGAUGAUGAUUUAUGCAAUAGAUAUGCAUCGAAGGGCUAUGAAGUUCAUACAAAUUUACAUAUCUAAGAUGGAAAUGCCUUUCUUUCUUAUAAUAGUGAUCGGAGUAAUUUCCUCGAGUCUCAAUCUUUUUCGACUUUUUCAGGAGAUAUCGUCUGGAUUCGAGUUCAGGAGGAUGAUAUUACCAAUCACAUUUUUAAAUAUCUUUUAUAUCAACGUGUUUAUCGCCAACAAUUGUGCGCAACAAAUUAUGGAUUACAAUAAUCACGUAUUUGCUACAGUAUAUAACGUCGAAUGGUAUGAAGCUCCUCUGGCCAUACAGAAAAUGAUAUUGUUUAUGCUGCAAAUAAGCAACAAACCUUUUCACGUAAAUCUCGGUGGAGUAUUCAAAGGAUCCUUAAAAAGCGCCACCAAGUUGAUAAGUACUUCAAUGUCUUACUUCACCGUUCUUUAUUCUACACUGUAAAAAAUGAAUUGAAUCAACAAG